UCUGUAUUACGAAAUUGUGAGCGUCACAUGUCGUGAACAAAGGUCUCAUUGAUUGUGCGGCAAGCGAUCGAGACGAGGCGAUGCUGAAGAAAUAUACUCUAAUAUUCGUACAGUUUCUUCUCCAUUUAAAAGAUUGUCUUUCCUGCUGCUGGUUGCGUUGCAAAUCUCUAUUUCUGACGUCUUGUCGUCGCCCUCGCAGCCACAGAGACAUCAUUCGAGACUCGAAGCGCCUCAAAAAGUUACCACUGCACAUCAGCUUUGCAGUAACGGAAAACGAGAUCGACUACCGCGACCUGGCUUGUCUCAUCGUCUGGUCUGUGUCGCUGGGCAUCUCAUGUAUUAGUCUCUAUGACUACAGAGGCCUUAUAAAGGCUAACAGAGAAAGACUGAGGACGGAAGUUUAUCGAAAACAAGAGGUUGUGAUGGGAGAGGAGGCUGGCAAGUAUUCUAUUCAUUUCUAUGAUCCUUCAUGUUGUAGAGAGGGAAGGACAUGGUCGGGGGAGAAUGGUGAGGUGGUUGUGUGUCUGUUGUGUGUGGACGAUGGCAGGCAGGCAGUGAGUGAGGCUGCUAGGAGGGUCUGCAGUUCAGUGCAGAGUCGGAGGUUGUGUCUUGAGGAGUUCACUGCGACUGAUUUGGAGAGAGAGAUGGCACUAGCUGCACAUGGGAUAGUCGAUCCUGAUAUGAUGGUUCAACUUGGACCCGCGAGUUGUCUGAUUGGCUAUCCACCCUGGCUUCUUAGACUAACAGAAAUACGGUCUCUUUACACUCAUCACAACGUAAACUACAAGUCAUUCUUAGCAACUAUAGAAACAUUUGCAAACUGUGAACGGAGACUAGGUAAAUGAUUAUUGAGCGGUUUAUGCUCCGGUUUGUUAGGGCAAUGAACUGCCUGGUG